AACGCGAGUUUCUUCUGAUAGGACAAGGGCGUAGCGUACCACGUGCUCCAAGUUUUAAAAGUGCCGGUCUCUUAGACUCGGUGCCCAGAUCUCCUGAAGUCACCACACACUAACCAUGGACGCUCGUCUGAUCCUCAUCCUGGCUCUCUCCUCAUGCUGCCUCGCCAUCCCACAGAGACAGAAACGCAACAUCCUCACAGAUAAGAACAGACUAUGGCAAUUUGGUGUCGUCCCAGUCGAGUUCGACAAAAGCAUUGAUGGAUUCACAUUGGAAAAAAUCCUGGCAUCCAUGCAAGAGAUUCAGAUGAGCACUUUCAGCGGAUCCAGGGCGUGUCUGGCAUUCGUACCGAGGACAGACCAGAAGAACUACGCUCUCUUCACAGUCGUCCCUGGUGUGUCUGGUGACGGUCAGCCAGGAAUGUCUGGUGGUGAACAGACUAUCCAUCUAUACCCCAACAUGGCCAAGGCUGACAUUAUGCAGGUGCUCGUCUACACCCUCGGCUUCUACAACGAGUUCCGUCGUCCUGAUCGUGACAAUUACGUCACAGUCAACAUGGACAACAUCGACGACAAAGAUCAAAAAUACUUCACCAUUGGAAACCAAACAACAUUUUUCAACUACCCAUUCGACUUUGAGUCCAUCACAUUCUUUUACCCCUACGCAUAUGCUAAGGAUCCCUCAAAGCCCACCAUUCAGGCCAGGUACGAAAGCCAGGUAUUCCCAUGGAAGGUCAGUCUCAGCGGUUAUGAUGUCAGCAACCUCCAGAGGAUCUAUGAAUGCGGAAUAGAUACCAACAAUAGACUCGACCUUCUGUCAGGCAUGAUCUCAAAAUGUACCUUCGAGUUCAAUUUCUGUGACUGGGAACAAGACACCACAGAUGACUUUGAUCUGGAGAGACACAUGGGGCCAGCGUCCAACCUUGAAACAGGACCACAAGCCGACUUCAGUAGCGGAAUCGGUUACUACGCUCUGGCUAGUGCCAGGAAUAAUCAUAACUCUGCUGCCAGGGUGAUCAGCCCGGAACUUCCGGCCGGAGAUUAUUGCAUGCGAUUCCAUUACUACAUGUACGGAGGUGAUGUCAGGAAGGCAAGACUGGUGCGCAGGAUGGGCGGAAAUGACGAGGUCUUGGCAGAAAUAGAAGGAAGCCAAGGCAACUUGUGGCACAGAUACAGUGAAAGCAUAUCUAGUACCGAUAAAUUUAGGUUCGUUCUCGAGGCUAUGACUGGCGGAAGUGACACUGGGGAUAUAGCGAUUGAUGACGUGUACAUCUUGAGAGGAAAAUGCCUUGUAUAAACAUUUUUAUAUUGCGGAGUAACUUUUUUCAUAGAGUCUAUUGUGAUGGAGUGAUUCAACAUAAAUAGUUCAUAUUCACCAGAUUGAAUUUGAGUUGAAACACUCAUAUUCGAUUUUUUCACAUAAAACUAUUCUAUAUAUCUUUUGUAAUUCAUUAUUAAAUUUCUGUAGUGUUCCGAUAUGUCUUCAUGUUUUGGUCCAUCCCGUACUACUUGUCGCCUAGGACUGUCGUAAGACUAGUUACAAAAUAUAUAGGGGUACAUUUGUGAAACCAUCGUGUUUGUCUUGUUAGUUUCUGAAUAAAGUAUAUGGUCACAA